ACAGCUGCCGUUCACAGCCUGCAAAACAUCCGCAAAUACCUCCGCGAGUAAUGGAUGUUAUCACUCGCUAUAUCGGAUAAAGCGAAAAACUUUAGCGCUGCUUUUUUGUGGUAAACAUGAGUUCUCACAUUAUCACUCCUGGACCGUACCGAGCCACAAAACUGUGGAAUGAGGUGACUCGAUUGUUUCGGGCUGGCAUGCCCCUCAGGAAACACCGCCAGAAUUUCAGGCACUACUCUUCCUGUUUCACUGCCUCAGCUGCUGUUGAAUGGCUGCACCAGCUUCUCCGUAGCAACAGCAACUUUGGCCCUGAUGUCACCAGGCAACAAACAGUUCAGCUCCUGAAGAAAUUUCUGAAGAACCAUGUGAUUGAAGAUGUGAAGGGUCGCUGGGGAACAGAGGAUCUGGAGGACAACAACUUGCUGUACAGAUUUCCCUCCACUUCUCCUCUGAAGCCUAUUCCCUGUCCAGCUCCUACCUCUAGCGCCAUUAAGAAAAGACCUUCAUUCAGGGACAAAGAAGGAUUCUUUAAGUUUAGAAGCAUCAAGAAGCAUGAGAAGGAAUCCCUGGAAAAUGUAGAUCCUGCUCUUCAAGUACAGCAUGAGGGAGAAAACCAGCCACUAGAAGAGCAGCAGGCGCAGAGACGUGAGCUGACGGUGGAGGAUGAACAGGACAUCUGGAGAGACAUCACACUGACGCACCUUCAGAGAAUUCUUGGUGUUGCAUCUCUCUAUGAGGUUUUAGACCAGCGUUGUGUCAACCCACAGAACAUCAUCCAUAAUAUGACAAAAGUCAACAAGCAUGGAGUGGUCACACUGGAUGACAAGAGCAAUGACCUUCCACACUGGGUUUUGUCUGCCAUGAAGAGCCUGGCCAACUGGCCAAAGUAUGACAGCGCACAACCAUCUUACCCCGGCUUUGAAAGAGAUGUCUUCAAAACAGUGUCUGAUUACUUCUACAGCCUUCCGCAGCCAUUACUCACAUACGAACUAUACGAACUGUUUAUCAAUGUCCUGGUGUUUUGUGGGUACGUCGCAGCUCCCACUACGCAACAACGUGGGAAACGUAAGAAGUCAGAUCUUCCCUCAGUUCCUCCUCCAGCCAAGUCAUCAUUUCGUUCCACAGAGUGUCUCCUGCUGUCGUUGCUCAGACAGGGGACAUGUGAUGAGACAGAAUCACCCAUGACAGAUGUGCUUGGUGGGAAACUUCAGUCACGACUGGCAGCACUGAAAGGAGGCAGUGCAGGUGAUGGUCAGAUUGGAGGAAGCUGCAUGAGCCUCAAUACAGCUGUUUCAAUGAGGCCUCAAACCAGGAGCUGCUCACUGGAAAACAUCCUCGAUGACUCCACACCUCUCACUCGGCAACAGCUGUUUUUGUCCAGCGACAGCCUGGCAUCCUGUGCCUAUAGCAACAGGAGCCAGGACGACAGCCCUGCCAUCAUAACACCAUACAGCCAUUCAGGCUUUACAUCUGUGUCUCAAACAACUUCUGUUACGUGUGAAAAUGCUCCAGGAGCUGCAGUCAGACAUAGACAAUCUGUGUCUUCAAUAGCUGGACUCUCAGCUGCACAGAGGUUGCGUCCCUCGCGGCCGCGCAGUGUAGGCAGCUGUCUGGACAUUGUCAUAGAGACCAGAGAAGAAGAUGUUAAUGAGAUCCAAUGGCAGGGCCGAGCAACUAGCUGCCUCAAUGUCAACACUCCUGCAAGCCAGCAUCACUCUUCCUCAGCUUCACGCCCUCCCUCAUUGUCUUCACAUCAUCCCUCCUCCUCCUCCUGUCGUCUUUUUCCCUCCCCUUUUGUAUCUGCUGCAACCAAAGCACAAGAAUCUAAAGCUACUGCAGGACCCAGACCUGCUUCCAGUACCUCUAAUAUUUGGACACUCCCUGCACCUGCUGUUGUCCGGCGCUGCCUCAGCUCUGUGGAUGUGUCCAAGCCGCCGCGACCUGUUUCACUGUUCAAACCGCCUGUCUGUGUGCCCACCAGCAACUCCCAGCCCCCCAAACCUAAACCUGAGCACAGCGUUCUCCAGCCACAGUGUGAGCGCGUAGCCAUCGAGGCUCUGCAGCUUUGCACCCUUCUCCUCCCCCCCGCCUCGCGCAGGAAGUUGCAGCUCCUGAUGAGGAUGAUGUCACGCAUCAGCCAGAACGUGGACAUGCCUCGUCUGCACCCUGCCAUUGGCACCCGAACUCUGAUGGUUCACACCUUUUCAGGCUGUGUCCUGGGCAGUGCAGAGGAGUGUGAUUUGGAUGAGCUGUUGGCUACCAGACUGGUGUCAUUUCUAAUGGACCAUCAACAAAGCAUCCUGUCAGUCCCAGAGUACCUGCUCAGUGCUAUCAGUGACCACAUACAAUACCUGCGCACAGUACAGGUCCCAAUCGACUCUGUUGACGGUGGCGAUCCAGUUUGUGCUCCUAUGCCAAUUUAUGCAUUCUGCCAUCAAAUUAGCAGUGCUGAGUUUGAAGAGCAAAAGCUGGCAUCUUCUCAGAAAGCCAUGGAGGACUUGCUGGAGAUCCUGCUGACAGACCAAAAUAUAAGUGAGAAGGACAGACGCAAGAGACUGAAGCAGUUUCAGAAGCAGUAUCCAGAUAUCUACAGACGUCGAUUCCCCUCCUCAGACAAAGUGACUAAGACGGACAACAAACCAAAGAUUAAACCUCCCCUCCUCAACAUCAAGAAGACCAAAGCUUUCAGCAUCAGGAACUAAACCAUCGUAGAGGCCACAGUGUUGUUGCCGUGAUUGCUGCACUAUUACUGCACUGAUAUUGCACUCCGAGAGGAGAUUUGAAAAGCUCUUUUCCCUUUGCAGCCAUAAACAUUGUGUUACAUUGGAAAUGCUGUUAUUCUGGUGGUCCCAUUUAUGUGCUACUAUUGGAGUUAAUGCAGGUUGGAAGACUUCGACAACAGUUUAGUGUUUUUAUUCAUGUUGUAUAUGUAACUAUGUGUGUCGACAGCUAAGUAAGAUGAAGGCAGAUGGACAGACAGUAGAUCCGUAGAGCCAUUCACACCAUUCAGUGUGUUUAAAUGUAUGUGUUUUUAUGAAGCAGGGUUUUUUUUUUUUUUAAGUGUUUGUUAUUUUUUCUUCUUUUUUUGCUUGCCUGUUUCUCUAUAGGUAGCUGAUACUGAUCUGUGUGUGCGUAAGUGUGUAACUGAGCUUCAGAGGGCAUUUGGGAGUAAAAUAUGCAUUUCUGAGAUCACUUGUGAAUAUGGGAAGAAUUAGAUGAUAUAUUUCUUAACUUAUAUGAAUGAUGACAUUGGGAGAGUACUAGUUGUCUUUGCUUUAAGUGUUUCUUGUCAUGUGGAAAGUUUUUGUAUAGUUUUUAAGACAUUUUAUAUCCUAGAUACUUUCGUGUUAUUUGACAUGCUCUUUUAGAACUUUUGAAGUAUGGUCUUUAACCUUUUUUCUUUUUCUCAGUGUUUCUGCUUGUUCUUUUGCCCUUGAUGUUUUUCCUUCUGUUGCACUCAUUCGUGUGACAUGUUACUGUUGGUUUCAUAGGGAAUGUCUCUGAUUUUCAGGGGCUCAGCUUUUUCCAUUUACAACGCUGUUAUUUUUAAAUCGAGUUAGUCGUCUCCAGUUUCUUUUUUUGUGUCUCAUCCCUGCUUUGUAUAUUGAUUUAAGAAAUGUUUUGCACUGGGUUUGGGCAUUGUGGAUAACCAGCAAGCUUACGUCAAUCAUAACAAUGGUUAAUUUAUACUUAUUUAAUGCAUAUUACUCCCUUCAGAAGCUUUUCACCAGGCACCCGUCAUGUUUUGGGGUAAAGUGUUGCUACAGCUUAAAAUGUAAUGUUUUCUCAACUUGCCAGCUAAUGACUCAGUGGCAUUACUCUUUGAAAUGAAUAUGCAGUACUUGCUAACUGGCUAUAUAAAAACCUGAAUGUCCCAUGGCAUCCAUUAAUUUCAGUGCAGGAUGCUAUCAGGUAUUUGGUAAGCUGAAGUGAGUUACUAACCCAUAUCAUGUCGGGGUCUUAAGAAAUGUAACAAAGCUGACUCAAAAUGUGUAACUUUUCCGUUUUAUUUAUCUUAGGCUAUAUGAAGUAUUAGUUCAUCCCUGAUGUAUGUUUGUUUAUACCUCAGAACCAACGGUACGUGUAUAUGUGUAACCAUAUAUGCAUUCAUCUACAGUGCUUCUGGCAAAGACUUCUCCAGUGGAUUCUAUGUACCUACAACUCCUCUACAUUGUUUACUAUGCAACAUUCUGAGAAAUAAACCAUUUCAGUUUUUCUCUG